AUGGAUGAUGAUGCGCAUGCUCAGAGUGACAAAGAACAGAGUGCUGUAAAGCGAAAAAAGCAACGGCUCGAUAUUCACGAGGCCAAGGUACGAGAAUCCGCACGCAUAUCCCUCGAAAAUAAGCGUCGUUCUACGUCGUCACAAAUACAACACGAAGAGCGCUACGAACGCAGCUCUAGACACCUUGCAGCUCCUGCAAGAUCAGAUCAUCCAUGCAUUGAAGGAUGCGGCUCUGUAUCAUCAUAUGAAGUAUUAAACCGCAUUGAAGAAGGUUCUUAUGGCGUCGUUUCGCGCGCGCGACAUAAAGAAACAGGUGAGAUUGUGGCCUUAAAACAGCUCAAGCUCGACAAGGAAGUGUAUGGCUUCCCCAUAACAAGUCUACGUGAAAUACGAACGCUAUUUCAAGCGCGGCAUCCGCAUAUCGUCGAGAUCAAAGAAAUAGUCGUGGGUGAUACCCUCAGCCAGGUAUACCUGGUUAUGGAGUUUGUUGAAAAUGAUCUCAAAACUAUAUUGAGCACGAUGCGAACGCGCUUCCUACCUUCUGAAAUAAAAACACUUAUGCGCCAAAUACUUUCUGCAGUCGCCAGUAUGCAUUCACACUGGAUCGUGCAUCGCGACCUUAAGACCUCUAAUCUGCUUAUGACGAAUCGCGGGCGGAUGAAAAUUGCUGAUUUCGGACUAGCACGCAUGUUUGGCGAUCCUCUGCGUGAGAUGACUAGCCUAGUUGUAACACUGUGGUAUCGUGCACCUGAACUAUUACUUGGCACCAAAAUCUAUGAUACAGCUGUGGAUAUGUGGUCUGUGGGAUGCAUCUUUGCCGAGCUUUUGUUAAAGGAGCCUCUAUUUCCAGGGAAGAAUGAAACAGACCAACUUUCUCGGAUUAUUCGCCUAUUAGGCCUACCUACCGAAUCAACAUGGCCGGGAUACACGAAAUUCGCCAAAGCUCAUCUAAAACAUUCUGUGCAUAUCCAAAACAACAUAAGACAUCACUUCCGACAUUUUUCUAAGGCGACCAUUGACCUGCUCAAGUCCAUGCUUUGCUAUGAUCCUUCUAAGCGCAUUUCUGCAGACGAAGCUUUAGAACAUCCAUAUUUUCAUGAGCCACCGGUGCCAGCACAUCCAGACACAUUCGGAAGUUUUCCCUCAAGUGCAGCCGGAGAAAAGCAGCGACGCAAGAGCCCCCCAGCUCCACAUGGCGCACAUACCCACACGGCUCAUCCCCUAGUAUAA